GCCCCGGCACCGGCACCGGCACCGCCCGCGGGGGACGCGGGGCCCGCACCCGCCGCGGCUCCCCGGGGCCAUGAAGGUGAAGGUGAUCUCCGUGCUGGAGGACAACUACAUGUACCUGGUGAUCGAGGAGAGCACCCGCGACGCCGUGGCCGUGGACGCGGCCGUCCCCAAAAGGCUGCUGGAGAUCAUCAGGAAGGAGGACGUGGUGCUCAGGGCCAUCCUCACCACCCACCACCACUGGGACCACGCCAGGGGCAACGAGGAGCUGGCCCAGCUCUUCCCCGGCCUGCGGGUGUUCGGGGCUGACGAGCGCAUCGGGGCCCUCACACACAAGGUCACCCACGGCCAGGAGCUCUCGUUUGGGGCCAUCAGAGUGAGGUGUCUCUUCACCCCGUGCCACACCUCGGGCCACAUGUGCUACUUCAUGUGGGAGGACGAUUCCCCGGAUGCUCCAGCUCUUUUCUCAGGUGACACCCUGUUCGUGGGGGGCUGCGGGCAGUUCUUCGAGGGGACGGCGGAGCAGAUGCACACCAACCUCACCCAAAUCCUGGGGACUCUGCCCGAGGACACGAAGAUUUUCUGUGGCCAUGAAUGCACCGUCAGAAACCUCAAAUUCGCCUUGAAGGUGGAGCCAGAGAAUGAAAUGGUGAAGGAGAAGCUGGCGUGGGCCAGGCAGCGCGAUGAUGAGGACCUGCCCACGGUGCCCUCCACGCUGCACGAGGAGUUCCUGUACAACCCCUUCCUGCGGGUCACGGAGGAGCCCGUGCAGAGGUUCACGGGCAGGACGGACCCCGUGGAGGUGCUGAGGACGCUGCGCUCCGAGAGGGACAACUUCAAGAAGCCCAAGGAGAGGCCCAACCCCCAGGCCAUGCUGGCCUUUGACUGGGGGCUCUUCGGGCCCUUCCUGGAGAAGAAGUGACAUCCCCAGGGCUCCCUCCUGGCUGUGCCCAGCUCGGAUCCGCUCCCAGCUGGGCACUGAUUUUGUCUUUAACCUGCUUUGUGUGAGGCUGCUCUGCUCUGCUCCGCUCCCCCUCUGGAUCCUGGGAUUCCCUGUGGAGCAGAUCCCUUUGGAGAGCCCGGGCUGUGGGGCUGGGAUGCUGGCAGAGGGUCAGGCCAUGGGGCAGGGGACAGUUUUGGGGUCAGUGCAGGAGCUGCCAGCUCUCCGUGGCCAUGGGAGGAAGGCAGGGAAGGGCAGGGAAAAGCGGGAAUGCUCAGGGAUUGUGCUGCUCCCCUGGGGCAUCCCAGUCCCAGGGUUUGUGUGGUGCUGGCUUUGGAUCACCAGUGCCCACCCAACUCCUCAUCACAGCAGGGGUUGGGUGGCUUUUCCCCUCUUUUUUGCCCCAAUUUUUCCAAUAAGUCCCACAGGGAUUUCUGUAGGGAUUUGUCACUGCCCUGGGGAGCCCCUUGGACCACGUGGAGUGUCCAGGUGGAGCCCAGGCUCUGCCCCAGGAGGGAUUUCCCAAGGUGGGACAGAUUUGGGGCAGCCAAGAGAGAAAGUGCUGCCAGGCCUCCCUUGCUUUUCACUUUUCCCAAGACAAAAACUGGAGAACACUUGGUGCCAACUCCAUGGACACUGCCUUGCCCUCAGGAGCAGCUGGGGCUCCCAGGCCUCCCCAGCCUUCACUUUGUGCAGAACCAGGGCUGUGUUUUAUUUCUUUUUAAGGCUGAGAAAGGAGCAGAGUUUUAUUUUCAGGUGUGAGGAGGCAUUUCACACCACUCAAGUCAUUCCCUUUCUUUUUUCUUGUGGAUAAAAUGAGGGUUUGGUGGCAGCUCCCAGCACUGGGAUGGAGUUGAUUUCAGGGAUUUUCAUGUGUGGACUGUGAAUUUCUUUGUUGCCACUGGAGUCUGGUUUGGGGCUUUUUCCUGUGCUACAAACUGGACCAAUGUUUUCUUUUUUCCUUUUAUUAAUUUAUAGUUUGGAUUUAUUUCCCUGCAUGGAAAGGGAAGGAUUUUUGGUACCAUGGCCUGAAUUCCUCAGUUUCCACGAAAUGCUGGAGUUGGGGAUGUCCCCUGUGUGUUCCUUUGGGAUUUUAUUGAUCCUGGGAGCAGGGAUGCUCCUGUGUGUGGGACCCAGCCCUGAGCCUGGCACAAAUUCCAGCUGUUCCUGGUGCCAGCACAGAGAUCCCAGGGAGUCCUGGGUGGCUUCAGUGACCUCAGAGCAUGGUGGUGACCUGGGAACUGGGGAAGUGACAAAGUGUAGAGCCCUGAUUAUUUCAUUUCCUGCUAAUUUAGCUUGACUGAUUGUGCAUUUCUGGGCUGAUGCUCUGCACUGAUUCCAGGCUGGAGCCUCUCCCUGUCCUCGUUUCCUGGUUUAGCCAAAUCCCUGCAUGGAAAAAGGGAAUUCACUGGAAGAACCAAUUUGCUCCUCAGGAAGGUGGGGAAGGGGCAGAAGGGGGAGGUUGAUGCCUUAGAACACUGUGAGGUCAUUAACGAUCAGCAACAGCUGAAAAAAUGGAAAGCUUUUAAUUAAAAACAUGAAAAUCA